AUGAACAGUAUAUUUAUGACAACAACAUUAGCUGCAAAUGGUCAAAAUGACGUCAAAGUCUAUGUCCAUCGAUCUAUUCAACGGAUCAAGGAUACAGAAAAAGUGGCUUUCGUCAAACGGGUCGAUCUUGAAAUUCCUGAUGACCGAAUUACAGAAGCAUUAAAAGACGUUGGCUUUGAUGUUACUAAUUGUAAUGACAAACUGGUUGAGUAGCUGACCGCUUCUCACGGUAUAGAUGUUUAUUGACUACUCUACAUGACCAGAAUGUAUCUCUUUCACAAUAAGACACGCGCUUAUAUAGAGAAGAG